CACACACACACACACACACACACACACACACACACUCACACACACUCACACACACAAAACUGUGUUGUGUGAAUCACUGUUCAUCUUCAAGGAGGUCGCAAGCAUGGAGUCAACUGAGGGUUUCGUGAAGUAUCAGUUGGGCUUACCCCACAUGCACCACUUGAUCGCGGUGCUCUGUGUUGUUGCCGUUGUUUAUAAGCUGACAAUCUUGCUCGCCCAAAGAAGAGCUGCGAAGCAAAGUAUGGAAUUGUUUCCAGGACCACCGUCGCACUGGCUCUUUGGACAUCUAAAGGAGUUUAAACAGGAUGGGUCGGACUUGAAAAAGAUUGUGAAAUGGGGACAGCAGUACCCUUAUGCUUUCCCGAUGUGGUUUGGUCCCCUUGCUUGUUUCCUCAGCAUUCACCAUCCAGACUAUGUGAAAACUAUAUUGACAUCUACAGAGCCAAAAGAUAAUAUGGCAUAUACUUUUGUUAAGCCUUGGAUUGGUGAUGGCUUAUUGGUGUCUGAAGGUCAGAAGUGGUUUCGCCACAGAAGGCUCUUGACCCCAGGUUUCCAUUAUGAAGUUUUGAAACCCUACGUAAAUAUGAUGUCAGACUCUGUUAAAACUAUGCUGGACAAAUGGGAGAGUUAUGCAAAAACCAAUGAGUCCUUUGAAUUGUUUAACCACGUGAGCCUUAUGACACUGGACAGCAUCAUGAAGUGUGCGUUCAGCUACAACAGCAACUGUCAGACCGAGAGCGGAACAAAUGAAUACAUCAAGGCAGUCUAUGAGCUCAGUAAUUUGAUUAAUCUGCGGUUCAGGACGUUUCCAUACCACAAUGACCUCAUUUUCUACCUCAGCCCACAUGGCUUCAGACUAAGAAAAGCAUGCAAGGUGGCUCACAGUCACACAGGGGAAGUCAUACGAAAGAGGAAAGAAGCACUCAAGGAGGAGAACGAGCUGGAUCGCGUACAGGGAAAGAGAAACGUGGACUUUCUGGACAUCCUUCUCUUAGCGAGAGAUGAGAACAAACAGGGUAUGUCAGAUGAAGAUAUACAAGCAGAAGUGGACACCUUCAUGUUUGAGGGCCAUGACACUACAGCCAGUGCCAUGUCCUUCAUCCUCUACUCUCUGGCCUGCCACCCAGAGUACCAGAAGAUGUGCCGGGAUGAGGUCCUUCAAGCCCUGGAUGGCAAGGACACCAUGGAGUGGGAGGAUCUCAGUAAAAUUCCAUACACUACAAUGUUCAUAAAAGAGUCCCUCCGCCUUUACCCUCCGGUACCAGGAAUGUCCAGAAUCACCACCAAGACCAUUACGUUUUUUGAUGGAAGAACUUUGCCUGCAGGGAGUCAUAUUGGAACAAGUGUGUAUUCGCUUCACAGGAAUGCAACUGUCUGGGAAAACCCUGAAGUCUUUGACCCACUGCGUUUUCUCCCGGAGAAUGUUUCCAAGAGGUCUCCUCACGCAUUCGUGCCCUUCUCUGCUGGGCCAAGAAACUGCAUUGGUCAGAACUUUGCCAUGAACGAGCUGAAAGUGUCAACAGCGCUGACACUGAAGAGAUACCAUCUGAUCGAGGACCCGACGCAAACACCACAGAUAGUUCCUCGACUGGUGCUUCGUUCACUUAAUGGCCUCCACAUCAAAAUAAAACCUGUAGACCCAUGAGUGAAAAUGGAAAUAACUGUUGAAAAAAACCUGGGAAAUAAAUGACUCAUAAGGGAACUUCUUCUAUGAUUUGACUCAACUUUUAAACUAACAAAUAAUCACAAACAGAUACUAAUGAAGUGAUUAACUGUUAAGUAUUUUAUCAAGUGUCUAAUGAUUAUUUACACUGGAACCUGUGUUAAUGAGACAUUUAUCGCACUUUACAUAUAAAAGGAAGAUGACUUUUGUGAUCGUCAAAAGGAAAACCUAAGUAACAUUUUUGUUUCACCAUUUAUAAAUGCAUCUCAACUGGUUUAGCUAAGCUUUGUACAGAGCACCUUGGCAUUAUGUAAAUGUGUUCAUGGAAGUGUUAGUGUGACCUUUAACAGGUCAGAGGCACUCUUAUUGACAUUGCACCCUUGUGCAACAUUUCAGUUGAUGUAAUGUGGUGUAAUCGUUCACAUUGAAUCAUUACGUUUUCAAAAUCAGCCAUGUAUUUUGAUUCUUUAACUUUCCCGACUCCUCACGUUAAAUAUUUUUAUAAUAAAGCACUUUUUCCAUUCCA